GCCUUUUAGAGUAUAGACAGAAAAGGAGAGGGCAUUUUGGUGAUUCAGACACGAUAAAUUACUCUCUAAAACCCUAGUAUAGCUUCUCUCUUUCAUUCAUUCUCUCAGCCGAAACCAUACACAGAGCGAGAGAGAGGCUGUUUGAGAGAAGAGAGAAUAAUAAUGGGGGCAUACAAGUACGUGUCAGAGCUAUGGAGGAAGAAGCAAUCGGAUGUGAUGAGGUUUUUACAGAGGGUGAGGUGUUGGGAGUAUCGCCAGCAAUCUUCUAUCGUCCGUCUCACUCGCCCCACUCGCCCCGACAAGGCUCGUCGCUUGGGUUACAAGGCCAAGCAGGGUUAUGUGGUCUAUCGUGUACGUGUAAGACGUGGUGGACGGAAGAGGCCUGUUCCUAAGGGUAUUGUGUAUGGAAAACCCACAAACCAGGGUGUCACACAACUGAAAUUCCAACGCAGCAAGCGCUCAGUUGCAGAGGAGCGCGCUGGUCGUAAACUGGGCGGUCUUAAGGUUCUUAACUCAUACUGGCUCAAUGAGGACUCCACUUAUAAGUACUUUGAAGUUAUCUUGGUUGAUGCUGCCCACAAUGCGAUCCGCAAUGACCCAAGGAUUAACUGGAUCUGCAAUCCUGUUCACAAGCACAGGGAACUUCGUGGACUCACCUCAGCUGGAAAGAAAUACAGAGGUCUCCGUGGGAAGGGACACUUGCAUCACAAAGCACGACCUUCAAGAAGGGCAACUUGGAAGAGGAACAAUACUCUCUCUCUCAAGCGUUACCGUUGAUUUGCAAGAUAUUAUUGGUGUUUUUAUUAUUGUCACAGUUCUACCUGUUAUAAGAUUUUAGCUUUAAGAAACUUAAGUGUUCUGAAUUAUUUUUGUGAUUCAGAUUGUUAACUUGGUUGUUGGUCAUGCCCGGACAGUUUUUGUGAUUGUUAAAUCAGUUUUGGAUGUUUUGAGUUUU